CCAUGGAAGCUAUCAAGAAACGCAGGUGUUUGGAGAUGGUUGUUUCUGUGUAAACGUUUGCACCCAUGAACUUUUCACUUACUGCACCCCCCCCCGCCCCGAUCAGGGAGAAGUAAGUUUAACAGGUGACACCACCCUUGAAGGAAGGAGUUGGUGCAUUGCCGCCCCCGCUCUGAUAGUGUCGUGCUUCUGGGCCUGCAGCCUCUCUGGGAUUUACAGCAGGAGCGAACAGCAUGAAUAACGGUGUCUUCUUAUACACUCCGCCCGUCAGCAGGGACAGAGUGAUCUCCGGGUUCCCCAAGUGUUACAGACCUGAGGCCUGUCUUCAAUUUAAAGAUCAUUUCCAUGUUGAAGUUAAAUCUGCCUGCAAAGGACGACAGACCAGAAAUGCUGGACUCAAAAUAUCAAAGGUGGUGGUAGUCGGGGACCUUUAUGUGGGAAAGACAAGCCUGAUUAACAGGUUUUGUAAAGCUGUGUUUGACCGAGACUAUAAAGCCACAAUUGGAGUUGAUUUUGAAAUUGAGCGGUUUGAAAUUACAGGAGUCCCAUUCAAUCUCCAAAUCUGGGACACAGCAGGGCAGGAGAAGUUCAAGUGCAUUGCCUCUGCCUAUUAUAGAGGUGCUGAAGUCAUUAUAAUAGCUUUUGACCUGGCUGACAUAAAGACCCUGGAACACACAAAGCAGUGGUUAGAGGAUGCACUGAAGGAAAAUGAUCCGGGUUUAAAUUCCAUAUUUCUUGUUGGAUCUAAGAAGGAUUUAUUAUCCCAGGCUGAAUGUGACAGAACAGAAGCUGAUGCUAUUAAAGUAGCGAAUGAGAUGCAAGCAGAGUAUUGGUCUGUGUCUUCUAAAACAGGUGAAAAUGUGAGGGAAUUCUUCUUCAGAGUAGCAGCCCUGGCAUUUGAAGCAUCUUUGCUGAAAGAAUUGAAAAGAAAUGACUUGCCCUCUGCAAAGAUUGGCGAGGGAAGCACCAUCUGCAUUGAAAGAGCCACAGAUGAAGACUUGGAAAACACGUCAAACUCUACUACUAGCUGCUGCUGAAGUUCAAUUGCCAGCCUUGUAUGACGUUGACUGUUUCCCCCUGUGUAAUUUGUAUCCUGCAUUCACAAGUCCAGGGUUUCAGGACAUCACCUACAUAGAAUGCAAUCUGAUGUCAGGUCAGGACAUGCAUUACUUGUGAUUUAUAGAAAUAGGAAAAUUCUAGGAUGACUGGAAACUUCAGAAACCAAGCUAAAUGUUCUGAAAUGAAAUUUGUCCUGUAUGAGCUGAAAAAAAUCAUUAAUAACAUCAAUGUAAUUACUUUACAAAUAUAUACAACGCAAGAAUUUAAGCAAUGGUUAGCUCUGCUAAUCAAUCAUUUACUAACUUGAACUACUCAUGUCAAAGGACACCUCUGUCUGACUUAAUGCCUGUAAUAAAUAAACAUCAUUGAAAUUGCUCUUUUAUAAAACAGUAAGUAUUUUGCAAGAUGGCAAAGUUUGUAAGCUCUUUAUUUGUAAUCUUUGUAAAAGUAUUGCUCCUAAUCAUUGACAAAGUUAUUUUAAUGAUUGAAAUCCAAAAGAUGCCUCUCUGAGAACAGGAAUCUAUCAUGUUUGUUUUGUGAGUGACAAGAGAAUAUGAAGAGGUGACCUGAUAGAGGUAUAUAAGAUGAUAAGAGGCAUUGAUCGUGUGGAUAGUCAGAGGCUUUUUCCCAGGGCUGAAAUGGCUAGCACGAGAGGGCAUAGUUUUAAGGUGCUUGGAAGUAGGUACAGUGGAGAUGUCAGGGGUAAGUUCUUUACGCAGAGAGUGGUGAGUGCGUACAAUGGGCUACCAGCGGCGGUGGUGGAGGCGGAAAUGAAAGAGUCCUUUAAGAGACUCCUGGACAGAUACAUGGAGCUCAGAAAAAUAGGGGGCUAUGGGUAAACCUAAGUAGUUCUAAGGUAAGGACAUGUUCGGCACAGCUUUGUGGGCAAACGGUCUGUAUUGUGCUGUGGGUUUUCUAUGUUUCUAUAAAACCUGUAGUGAAGGUCCUUUGGUGGGCUAAUAGUUAUUGAGCAAUUCUAACAAUGGAUGCUGAGCUUGUAAAAUGUUUCACUUGUAUAACAAAUAUGAUGGCUAUUUCAGGUGAUUAGGCCUUCAGUUUUGGACAUUCAUGGAAUCAUAAAGCACAGUACUUUUCAGCUCACCACAUCCAUACUAACAUUUUUUGACCAUCUAUAUUAAUCCCAUUUGCCCACUUGAGGACUAGUUACUAGACUUUACUCCCUUAAACAUCUACAGAAUGUAAUAUGGUACUGUAAAAAAAAGCCCAGAGACUCAAUCAGCUAUGAGUCUCAAGACUGAUUGCAUUGAUCAAUUUGAUUUUGUCAAAGUAUUAAUGAAAAUACAGAUGUAGACGAAUAUAAUUUUAUUGCAAGAAUUGAUUUACUGAUCUGCUUUGAAGAAAUUGUGAAGGUGAAAAGACAGCCUCUUAGUAUCAUGAAAUGUUAAAGAAGUCAGCAAAACCUUUGUGUCAGUACAAGCUCUACAACAUUAUUAUCUAUGGUUCCUUCCAUUUUUCAUCUGUAUUAUUUAGGGUUACAAUCCAAAAAUCAAAUCAGAGAUGAGUGGCAGAUGACAAGUUCAACAAUAUUGGCCACUUUAUGGCAAAUGACACCACUGAAGUCAAGGAUUACACAGGGAGACCUCAAGGCAAUUGAAAAUUUAAAUCAAAAAAUUUGGUAAAUCAAAAUACUGUAUUCUGCAACAUUUUCUGUCUUUGCUUAAGAACCUACUUGAACAUUUGCAGUAACACACUACACUAGUAAACUUCAAUGAAAGUAAAACUUUCUGUAAGCCUAGCAAUAUACAUAUAUAAGCUUUCUACUAGGACAUGCCCUCUUCUCACUGCCACCAUCAGGUAGAAGGUACAGAAGCUGACGGCACACGCUCAGCGAUUCAGGAACAGCUUCUUCCUAUCUGCCAUCAGAUUUCUAAAUGUUUUUGCACUAUUUAUCUUAACUAUUGAAUAGAUAUAUACUUACUGUAAUUCAGUAUUUUUCUCUAUAUUUAUCAUGUGUUUCAUUGUCCUGCUGCUGUGAAGUUAACAAAUUUCACAACAUAUGCCAGUGAUAUUAAAUCUGAUCUGAUUCUGAUUUCUUUCCAUGUGAUUACACAGUGUGGAAUUUCACAACCACAUUUGAAUUUUAAGUCCAUCAGUUGCUGAUGUUAACAGGUUUCAGUGUUUUAAUUUGGAGUGUAGAGGCCAAACAGUUUGAAAAAGUCUGUUUCCAAAUCCCUAAUGGCAGUAAAGUACAUCUGGACAAGCUGGUGAAUACUGGUUGAAAACUGGUGAAACUGUGUUAGCUAGUCUUCCAAGAUUGAAUUUCCAUAGCUGAGGAUAUGAAUAUUGCCUUGGAGUUAACGUUUGGAUGCUUCCUAUCUCCUGAUAAACUGUACCAGCUGGCACGGCAUUAAACUCAAUGCUAAGUAAGUGUUUGGCAGCAGAGACAGUGGUAGGGCUUUAUCACCGUAGUGGUAUGGCAGGAUUGGGAGAGCAAAAUAACAAUGCUUCCAAUUUCUAACAAGGGAUGGAAAGUCCAUGUGCUUGGGGAUUGUGUUGUCUGUCGCCUAUCAACAUUCACUGGUGAAACUCAAUCAUGGCUGAAGUGCGAGGAAGCAGUAAGAGACACUGAUAUCCGUGAUACUUUUUGGAGGAGAGUAGAAACUUUAGAAAAAGUGUUUUAAUUACAUUAAAAUCAUUUACUUAGCAAAGACUGGUAAGUAAUAUAUUCCUGUGAGAUCAGGGAUUUGAUGUCAAAGAUGACAAAUUGAAAUGGAAUAUCAUUUAACUUUCUGUUUAGUUGCAUUCAUCUUUUAACAGAAUUCAUACUUUUUUACUGAUUUUGAAAAAUUAAACCAAGUUUAUAUUUAGACACUAUUUCUCAACUGCAAUUUUUACAAUUGAACAUAAUUAAGGGUGAAGGAUUGAAGUUAACCAUUAACAGGUUGUUGAGUGCCAGUGGGCAGUGAGAGGUUUGGAGGAAGGAAAUGCAGACCCUCAUGCAUUCAAAGAGACUGUGAGGAACAUCACAGUUCAAAGAGUAGUGCAUUCCAAGGGGAGACAGUUGUUCGGUAAGAAGCAACAAAUGGGUAUUUCUACCUUUUAAUACAUCUUUCAUUCUCUGAAGUAAAUGUUGGGACUCAGGAUUGUAGCAGGAAGUGUUUGGAAUGGAAUAGUCUCUUGUGAAAUUAGCAACUUGUCUCCCAGGUCACCAUGCUUAUAGGAAGCGCAUCCAUUUGCAGCUCCUGACUGACCACAUUGUGCAGCUGGAACUGCAAAUGAACCCACUUUGGAUCGUCGACAACACUGAGGUUCUACCUUGGGCCAAACAUUGAUGAACCCAUAACAAUAUCUUGCUAUUGCUUUUUUUACACUGAUAACAUUUAUGCCUUGCACUGUAUUGCUGCCGCAAAACUACGAAUUUCAUGACAUACGACAGAGAUAAUCAACCUGAUUCUGAGUCUGAGGCUGUCACGUCUCAACCUGAUUCUGUGUCUGAGGCUGUCAUGGCUGCACAGGGAGAAAAAGUACAGAACACCGGUAGGUAGAGUAGUAAUCACAGAGAAGGAGUGAUUACAGGAGUGUCUCUGUGCUGUCCUCCAAGAUAGAUUAGGAAAGUGGGGGUUACAAGGAGACCCACUUGUUCAUGUACCCUAGUGAUGGGUGUAAAUGUGCAGGUGCAGCAGGCAGAUAGAAAAGCAAAUGGUAUGUUGGCCUUUGUGGCAGAGAAUUUGAGUCCAGGGGCUUGGAAAUAGGUACAGAGGGGGUGUCAGGGGUAGGUUUUUCACGCAGAGAGUGGUGGAUGCAUGGAAUGCACUGCCGGCAGUGAUGGUGGAAGCGGAUACAAUAGGGUCUUUUAAGAGCCUCUUAGAUAGGUACAUGGAGCUUAGAAACAUAGAAUUCUAUGUAACACUAGGGAAAUUUUAAGCAGUUUCUAAUGUAGGCCAUUGAUGAAAGCGCACUGAACAAUGUGUAUGUACACUUCUUAUCUCCUUAUCUGAGGAAGGAUGCCCCUACUAUGGAGGGUGUACAGUGACUGAUUUCUGGGAUGGCAGGAUCGAUGUAUAAAGAGAAUGUGGGUUGAUUUGGCUUAAGUUCAGUAGUGUUAGAAUGAGAGGGGAUCACAUUGAAAGCUAUAAAAUUCUAACAGAAUUAGGCACACUGUUACAAGAAGGAUAUUCCCAAAGGAGGGGAAGGAAUUCAGAAAUUGCAAGUGUAAAGGGAUUUGGAAGUCCUUGUACAGGAUUCCCGAAAUGUUAACUUGCAGUGUGAGUUGGUAGUGUUACGAGAAUACACAUAAAUUAAGAUGUUUGCUGGCCUAGGUUAGCAUCAGUGACAUCAGCAAGUGGUCUGCCACCUGCCCUCAGGGGAAGGAGAGAUAAGGAACAAUGGAGCAGCGUCUGGAGAUGUGUAAUGAAGGGACAUGGGAGAGAGAGAGCUGUCUGGAGCAGCUCCCCCUUUGAACCCUGAACUGUUUGAAGUGAUGGACAGGCGAUGCCCCAGCAGGGGGAUAAAAAGGGACAGGUUCGCUAAGACAGACACACACGCCACCCGAGGUAACGAGACCCUGGAAGCGGUGCGCCUCUCACGAGUGGGUGAGAAGUAUCAGACAACGACCAGGGUGGAAAGGUACGAUCAGCGGGAACCCGGUGUGUGUCCGCCCUUGCCUGGGUGCCGGGUUCACUGCAGAGGAUCGACUGCAUCUGGAGGAGGGGUCACAGUCGGUGACCUCAGGUGACAUCACCAAGGACCCGCCCAAAAGUUGCUUGUGAGCAAUCUCGCCGGUCUGUGAGUGAAGCCGUUCUGAAUGAUCAGUUGUUCCUGUUCUAUUGCUCUCUUCCCCCGCCUUGUCCAUCGCCAUGGCAACGAUUACUGCAAACUGAACUAUUAACUGGACUGAACUUUGAGUCAUUUUGAAAUUUGGUCAUUUACCCCUAGACAAUGAUAGAGCUUGAUUGAUGCUGUUAUCUUAAUUCUGUGCACAUGUGUGGUUAUCAUUGUUGAACUGUUGCAUUUAUUAUCCUU